CCCAUUGGGCUUUGAACUAAGAGCAGGCCCUCCUGCUCCGAGGAACUGAUUAUCACCAGGGGCAAGGAAAGAGGAUACUGAUGUGUGGAGACAGCUGCGGCAAAAGUUCGAAAUUGAAAGCAUAGGCUCAAAUCAGGGAAUAGAAAAGUCAGUAGACGUGGAACGGAUGGAGACUGAACCAAAGCUCCAUGACUUGGAGAAUGAUACGCACAAGGAAAAAGAAAGGAAAGGUAAGGAGCAGGUUACCUUGAUGGAGGAAAGCCAGAGAGGUGGGGAAACUGGCCUGCCUGAUGAUUCUUUGGAGCAGGGAGCCAAGGGCAGUCUUGGGCAAGCCACUGAAUUACAGAAGAGAGCAGCAUUUGAAACAACAAGUAAUGGUAAACAUAAGGGUGCAGUGCAACGUCUACUCAUGGAAAAACAAACCAUAGGGGAACAACGGCCACUGAGAGGGAAAGUUUGGAGAAGGCAGGAACAAGUAAGACCUAGAGAGGGAGGAACUUUGCAAGUGACUCCUCAGAAGAGGAAUGCUGAAGAGAAAGGUGAGAGUGGAGAUCAAAGCAGGGAGGAGCUCAUGCAAACUAAAAAGGCUCGCAACCUGGUCUUCCCGGAAGGGAUAAUUUUGGAUUCUCAGUACAACACAACAAAAAAGGAUGGCGAAGAGGCGGUCCCUAUGAUGAAACAGGGCCGCCCAGCCCAAUGAGUGUCCUAAGUUUUAACUGUCGUGGGUUGGGAAACCCCACGACAGUUAGGAGAGUAGCUGAGCUACUCAGAAGAAAGGAUCCCAAAUUUGUUUGUUUAAUGGAAACAAAGAAGCAGGAACAUGAAUGGAAGAAAGUAAUUGCUGACUUGGGUUGGACCAAAGGAAAGGGUGUUGGUUCAAAACGACGAGCAGGAGGGCUGCUGCUGAUGUGGAAGGACAAUUUGAAUGUUACAGUGAAAGACUGCUCGAGACACUACAUUGAUGUUCUAGUAGAGGAAGCUAAUCCAGCAAAGAACUGGAGGUUAACAGGCAUUUUAUGGUUGGCCUCAUCAAGGAAAGAAAAGGAAAACAUGGGA